AUGGAGGGCACUGGCGCCGACGACCGCGUGCUCGUGUGGCAGUGCCUGGACGCUGACUUCUGCGCGGGCGUUGGCGACCAGGCCCGCGGAAUCGCCGCCGCGCUGUACACGGCCAUGCUGUCGGGCCGCAUCCUGUUCGUGCGCUGGAGUCGCCACGGCCAAGACGUCACCUCCAUCUUCGGCAAGCGCGCGGUCGACUGGCAGCUCCCCGACUCGCUGCUGGAGGAGUGCGGCGGCGCCACCUGGGUGAGCGACAACAGCAAGGGGGAGCUCAUGCGGCGCGCGAAGUCGCCCGACCGGUGCGUGGCGGUGACAACGAACCAGCCCCCCGAGCUGGAGCUCGCGGCGGUGGAGCCGGCUGGGCAGGGCUGCAUCGAGAUCCCACUCGACUUACCCUUCGAGCACUAUGUGGGCUGCGCGAUGAACUUCUUGUUCGACUUCACUCAGUCCUACGAGACGCUGGCGGCGGCCCUGGACAAGGAGCAGUCCUCAUCAUCUCCAGGCACCCCUCGGCUAGUGGGCCUCGACGCUGCUCCGAGGCAGUACGUGGCGGUGCACCUCAGAUUCGGGGACCGAGUCUUCAACGGCGACGACGCCCCGGACGCCAUGAUGGUCGCCGACGCGCUGCGUUGUGCGGGCGCGGCGGGCCGCGAGCUCUUCGGGCCCGAGGACGACGACUGGGGCAUCUUCUUCGCCUCCGAUUCGGCCAACGCCCGCGCCCUCGCGCUCGGGCAGGGCCGAGGAGGUCCGCCCGUGUUCGCCAGCGGCGCGCCCCCCGUCCACAGCGACUACACGAAGGACGCGGGCCUCGACCGCAUCUGGGGAGUGUGGGGUGACCAGCUGCUCCUCGCGCGGGCGAAGGGCCUCGUCCAGUGCAUGGACAUGGACCGCCGCUGCGACGUGAGCGGCUACAGCCAGCUCGCGGCACAGGUGGCGCUGAUGCCGGCAGAGAACGUGUGGGUCGCGCUGUCCGAAGGCUGCGCUCGUGGCGGCGACGUGACCAUGAAUUCGUGGUUCGACAGGGCCAUCCAGGUCGACGGCUGCGCCGGCUACGUGUCCCUGCUGAGAGAGGCCCUCUCCAUCGGCCAGGACACGCCCCAGGAGCGGAAGGACGAGAUCAACCGCGAGAUCGCCGCCGUGGCAGAGCACUCCGGGGCCGUCGGCUGGGGGGACCUCGGCGAGUGA